AACAUGUUCCCUCUUGUUCAUUUUCAACGUAACCGACAUUGCCGCCGACCGAAAACUAAGCCCGACAGUUGUGCAGUUGUAUUCCACUCGUAUCCCACUCCCACUCGACUCCAUUUUGUUUUUGCACAAGAGCUUAACCCAAGAGCCAGGACGUGAACAUGUCUCUCAUGCCGGGCGACAGCAAUUUCGAUUUGGUACAGUACUUUCUUCAACUGUGGGAGAUGUGGUUCGAACCGCGAAUCAGCGAAGCUACCCAAGCCCGGCCAGAGAUGGCAGAAGCGAUUAUUAGGCGCGAAAUUGAAGACUAUCUGCGCACGUCCCUGUUGCGCGAAAGGCUGCAGCUGCAACCCGACACAAAGGACAAUGCGAAAGCGCUUGCGGCCCGCAAUCGUGGCAAUGAACUGUUCGUUCCGAAGCUAGGAAAGGACUUGGAGGCGCUCCAGCACUACAACGAGAGCAUCGCGUACUCGGAGCCAGGUUCAGAAGCACGAGCGCUUGCGUACGGUGACCGCUCGGUGGUCUGUCUAAAGUUUAACCUGUUUAAAGAGUGUUUGGAAAACAUACGCCUAGCGCGGGCCUCGAACUACCCGGCACGAUUGGCGAAUCAGCUGAGCGAGCGGGAACAGUACGCUAAGAAAUGCCUAAACCAGCUUCCUCCCAUCUUUCCGGAUCCGGCAAGACGCACACCUGGAAAAUAUCGCCCACGUGACACGGGCCGUCCGGCACUGCAGCUGAGCUACGAGGCGCACCGGAACAUCCCUCACCUGGUGAAAUGUGUGGAGCUGCGCCAGAACAGUGAAUUCGGUCGUCAUCUUGUGACGACGCAGCAUUUAAAGGCAGGCGAUGUUUUAAUGAUCGAGAAGCCGUACGCAUCCCUACUCUGCGAAAGAGACCAGUACAAGCGUUGCGCUUUCUGCCACAACGAGGACACGUUUACGCUGAUUCCUUGCGAGGGAUGCACCGUGGCGAUGUACUGCUCGGAAGAAUGUCGCGACAAAGCCCACAAGCAGUACCAUCGGUACGAGUGUGCCGUGCUGCGUGACUGUUGGCGCGUUGUUGGCUUCCCGGUUGAGAUGUUGUUGGGAUUGCGUACGGUUGCCACGGCUUUUGCGUCCUUCGACCAGUCUCUAGGGCAAUGGAUCUAUCGUAUGGACACGCUGGACGAAACGAAGGUGAAUGCAUUCACGGUGGACUGGAACAAAGCAACGGUCCGCGAUUUCUACGACACGGUGCACGUGCUCGCCACGAACCAGAACCGGCGCGAUCACAAACAGCUAGCGUCGCUCAUAUUUUUCGCCUACUUCGUGCAGGGGUUACUGCUGGACCGCACCGAGCUCGGACCGCUUUGCAGGCCGUGCUCGUCAAGACGCAAGCUCCUGUUCGAACUGCUGCUACGGCACACGCAAACGGCGCUGACCAGUAAGAAUGAUGUUUACCACAUGGAACGCGUAAAGCUUGAAGAUGACCGUGUGGAGGAGGACGAGAGCGAGGAUGAUUCUUCUGACGAUAACAACAAUAGUGACGAUCGGAAGAGUCCGAGGAACGUGCACCACGAGGAGCGAACGCAUGCGAUUGCCAUUUACCCCUUGUUUAGCAUGGUGAACCAUAGCUGCAUACCGAACGUGGCCCCAAUCCAUCUGCUCGAUGGCCGCUUGGCUAUGGUAGCAACCCGACCGAUCGCUGCCGGCGAGCAGCUGUACAAUAGCAACGGCUUCUCGACCUUCGAUCCCGACCAUUCGGCCAGAAGACAUGCACUGCAGCUUUCCCACUUUUUCAAGUGUCGCUGCGCAUCGUGCCAAUCGCGGGUCGUCGGUUUCAGUCGUGUCAAGCUGCUGGAGGAGCAGUUCUUCUUUCGGCGGCUGAGUCUGAAAGACUGGGACUGGCAGCAGGAAGUGCACAUGCUGGUAGAUUACAUGAAUCAGGCGGAACGGGGCCACCUGCAGAGCGUGAUAACGGGUACGGAGCUGUUGCUGGCCCAUACCAUGCGCAAGUUGUACGGUUACGCGCCGGACGAUGAUAUGUUCACCCUUACUGGGGAGCUAAGCAAGAAGAGCUGGGAAACCACUGUGCAGCAAAUGAUGCGAUUUUUCUGUGGUUGAGCAAACCGAGCGAUGCUUUUUAUCACCUCUCUUCAAAAGAGCCAACACUACUGUUCUUUUUCACUACUGGCAGGUUAAUGAGCUGGAGUUUGUGAACUCCUCUGUUGCACCUUUUUUUUUUUAAUGUGCAAGCAUUGCAUUAAAUUUAUUUGAAUUUUUGCCAGCAUUUUUACUGUUUGAUUAUCGAACAAUUCGAAGAAACGCUUGGUAGAGUGUGCGCGGAACGAAUAACGAACACGCACAGGAAAAAGGGGGGAAGCUACACUUUUGCUCUGAUACCAAAUGAAGCAUUCCCAUCGCACUCCGGGUGUUAUUGAAUUGUUAACAUGCAGAGGAGAAGCGCGAAUCUCGAACGGUUUGCAGUGGCUUCUUGAAAAGCAUAAUUAGCAAACGAAGUGUAAGAAUUUAUUUACUCUUGAAUAAAUAUUCCGUUUUCAA